AUGGGUGGUGACAUGCACCAGCCACAACCCUCUCUUGGGAGAACCUUCCCUCCUAAUUCAGAAGAGUUCUCAACCUUCUUCAACCAAUUCCUCCACAACUCUCCCCCACUAGGAAUGGACCCCAAUCAUUCUGCCUCUGAUUUCAUCCCUCACAACAACACCAACAACCCUGGUCCUUCCUCUUCCUCAAAUUUCCAUUUCCCGCACCCCCAUCACUACAUCCCUGCCACUGAUGACAACACCUUCAAACAACACAACAAUAAUCACACCCCUGAUUUCACUUCUUCUGUUGAGAAGAGUGUGGAGGCAACGAAUCCUGUCCCACCACCACGUUCUUCAUCAAAGAGGAGUAGAGCUGCAGAGUUCCAUAAUUUGUCUGAAAAGAGAAGAAGAACUAGGAUUAACGAGAAAAUGAAAGCCUUGCAGAAUUUAAUUCCAAAUUCUAAUAAGACAGACAAAGCUUCAAUGCUAGAUGAGGCCAUUGAAUAUUUAAAGCAGCUUCAGCUUCAAGUGCAAAUGUUAAUGGUGAGAAAUGGUUUGAGCUUGCAUCCAAUGUCUUUGCCAGGAGAAUUAAGACCUACGAUAAUGGCUCAGACUGGGUUGAACCUUGAUGAGAGUGACAGAUUUCAGAAUUCUACUAGUGCAAUUGCGUCAUCUUCGAAUAAAGAAAACUUGGUGCGGCAUGCUUUUAGUUUUCCAGAGCAAUGCAGCAUCUCAAAUCAGUCUGUUGUUGUACCUUCAGUGACAAAAUUAGCUAAUUCGAAUAUCCCAUCCGCUUUUCAUCCUUCUGUUAAGGAAACACCCUACGACAACAUGCCACAACUGUUUAUGGAUGCACCAAAGAUUGGGAAAGACCCUUCUCCAGACGUGUCUUAA